AUGCAGAAAAACGAAUACAGAAAGGAGGCUGAGAAGCUUAUUCAAGACGUGAAAGACAUAUUUAUUGAAACGGAGGACUUGCAAGCCAUGUUAAAGCUAAUUGACAGCAUUAGAAAACUAGGCCUGACGAAUCAUUUUGAAGAGGACGUCAAGAAAAGUCUCGACACAAUAGCAUCUACCCAUAAGAGCAACACAUAUUCUUUCAUUCAAAAGAAUGAUCUCUAUCUUACUUCAUUAUGUUUCAGGGUCCUUAGGCAGCAAGGAUAUCAAGUUUCACAAGACAUAUUUUGUGGUCUCAUGGACGGGAAAGGUGUGAUAGAGAAAAGUUUACAUAUUGAAGAUAUCAGAGUGAUGCUGGAGCUUUUAGAGGCCUCACAUGUAGCUUUAGAAAGUGAAAAUAUCCUGCAUGAGGCUAAAGCUUUCAUAACAGAAACCCUCAGAAAUUCCAUUUCUAGUGUUAGUCAAGAAAACAUGAAUGAUGACCUUUCCAAAGAUGUGGUCCAUGCUUUGAAGAUUCCGUCACACUGGAGGGUUCAGUGGUUCGACGUCAAAUGGCAAAUGGAGGCCUACGAGAGAGACAAUCACAGGCAUAUCUGUUUACUUGACUUGGCCAAGCUAAACUUCAACACGGUUCAAGCCACACUUCAGAAGGAUCUUAGAGAAUUAUCUUGGUAAUUAGAAAUACCUCCAUCUAUAUAUAGGCAUUAUUAUGGUCCUCCAAGAAACAUCAUACUUUUACUGUAACAUAUAUAUAUAUAAAUGAAAAUA